CUGGUGAGAUCUAUGUCCACGUCCCGGAGGCACAGCUGGGAGAGCCCUCUGUCACCCAUGGACUGCAGGCGCAGGUUCAGCCUGGAUGUCACAGAGCUGGGCAGUGACCCAGAGCAGGAUGAUGUGGAGAAGAGGAGCCAGUCCUGCCUCCAGCCUCACAUGUCCCUUCAGCUGCCCAAAGGGGAACGGGGAACCUGGAGCAGCAGCCAGGGUGGCACAGUGAUCAAAGUGGAGAUAGAGCCACUGCACCCAGAUCUUGUGACCAGCCCCAGCUUGCAGGAGGUGAAAUGUGUCAGCAACGGGAAGAGACUGAGGUCCAAGUCUGUCCCAUCAGCCUGUGAGACCAUUGCCUCCCCCCAGAUACCUCACAGUUUCAACACUGCUCUUCCAGCUGUGGAAGGUGUUGAACCCCCUGCCCUGGAGAUGCUGGAGAAGGACCACGUGUCCCCAGACCAUGUGUUAAUUGUCCAGAAGGUACUUCAGGAGCUGAAACAUUACCAUGGGGUGAAGCAGAGAGCUUGUGUGCAAGAGGGCAGCGAUUCUUCCCAGCAGAACCUCACUUGGUUUGAGUUCCUGUCUAAUGAAAAUGAGGACAGUGGGAAGAGUGAUAAAGCAGAGAAAGGCACAAAGGUGAUGCGACGUCUGAGUUCCCUGCGGAGCCGAGUCACUGGAUCCUGGCAGAAGGAUAAGGGUAAGAACAAAGAACAAGUCAAGGAGAGAGAGAAGGAGAAAGAGACAAAGGAGACAAAAGAGAGGUGUAAAGAUAUCAAUGGGCACCAGCUUGUGCCAGGGGUUUUCUCCAGUUGCACCAGCUGCUCACUGUGUGCCAAACCUCUUGGGAAUAAAAGUGGUCUGCAGUGCCUGAAUUGUGCAGUGAAUGUCCACAAGAACUGCAAGAGUUUGCUGACUGAAUGCAGCAGCAGCAGACCCAAGCAGAAAGAUUUGCAGCACAGACCUUCUGGAUCUCCACAAAGUUCGCCCCAGUGCAUUUCCCCAGCCACUUCUCUGAAGGAGCAGCCCCGAAGUCUUCUCCUGGGACCGGAUGGCACCCCAGCACUGUCCCGGAACCUCGGGAUGACUAUCACCCAAAGAGGACAUUCCCAGCCUUCACUGAACACUGCUGGAGCUGUUAAUAAAUUUGGGCUAAUUUCAGGAGACAUGGAUGAAGGGGAUUCAGGCUUUAUAAAAUUUAAGCAGACUUCCGAUGACGUUGUCUCACUUGCACCUUCAACAGCAGACUCCAUUUUUCUGGAAGAUGCAUAUUCUGUGUCCCUCCGGAGUGAAAUAGAAACAGAUGCUCAUGAGUUUGAGGCAGAGUCUUGGAGUGUUGCAGUGGAACAGCCUUAUGCAAAAAGGCAAAGGAAAGAUGUUAUAAAAAGGCAAGAUGUCAUUUAUGAACUAAUGCAGACUGAAAUGCACCAUGUUAGGACACUGAAAAUAAUGCUGAAGGUGUACUCCAAAGCCAUGAGAGAGGAGCUGCAGUUCUCAAAUGCAGUCAUCAACAAGCUCUUCCCCUGUGUGGAUGAGCUGCUGGAGAUGCACGGGCAAUUCCUGCUCCAGCUGAAGGAGAGACGAAAGGAAUCCUUGGAAGAAGGCAGUGACCGAAAUUAUAUAAUCCAGAACAUUGGAGACCUUUUGGUAAAACAGUUUUCAGGUGAAAAUGGGGAGAGAAUGAAAGAAAAAUACGGUGUGUUCUGUUGUGGACACAAUGAAGCUGUUAGCCAUUACAAAGACCUGCUCCAAAGCAAUAAGAAGUUCCAAAAUUUAAUAAAGAAAAUUGGGAACUGUUCCAUUGUGAGGAGGUUGGGUGUUCAGGAGUGCAUCCUCCUGGUCACCCAGCGCAUCACCAAGUACCCGGUCCUGGUGGAACGGAUCAUUCAGAACACUGAAGCUGGAACUAGAGAUUACGAAGAGCUGACCCAGGCCCUUGGUUUAAUUAAGGACACCAUCACCCAUGUAGAUGCCAUGGUAAAUGAGUGUGAGAAGGGACAGCGACUCAGAGAGAUCAUGCACAAAAUGGAGCUGAAAUCAUCAGGGAAAUGCAAGAAUGGGCUUUUGUUCCGAAAGGAUGACAUGGGCCAGAGGCGGCUCCUCCUGGAUGGGAUGCUGUACUGGAAAGCUGCAUCAGGGAGGCUCAAAGAUAUUCUGGCUGUCCUGCUCACUGAUGUACUGUUGCUCUUACAAGAAAAGGACCAAAAAUACACAUUUGCAUCUGUGGACUCUAAGCCACCAGUUAUCUCACUGCAAAAAUUGAUUGUGAGAGAGGUAGCUAAUGAGGAAAAGGCAAUGUUCUUAAUUAGUGCUUCCUUAAAAGGACCAGAAAUGUAUGAAAUUCACACCAGCUCCAAAGAGGAGAGGAAUUCCUGGAUGGCACACAUCCGCAGGGCUGUGGAGAGCUGUCCUGAUGAAGAAGGAGGAGCAUUUAAUGAACCUGAAGCAGACAGGAGGCAGGCUGAAGCAAGAGCUGCGAAGUUAAAGGAUUUUCAAGAGCGUUUGAGCAUGAAAGAUGACCUGAUUCUGCAAAGUCUCACUGGGAAGCAGCAGAUUUAUGUGGAAAUGUCUGAGAUGAAUGGCUUUGAAGACCAUUCCCAAGGAUCCCGAGCCAGGCUGCUUCUUCGGGGGGAUAUCUCAGAGAAUCUGCAGGGAGAGGCCAUUCUGAAGUCUGCAGUGACUGAAGCUGAAAAUCUGCAGGACUUUAUCUUCACUCACUUUGGCAGUGCAUCCUGUCAGCCUGAGGAUGGCUCAGGACUCCCCCGGAGAGCAGAGACCUUUGGAGGAUAUGACAGUAGUCCCUCAGUUUCAAGCAAAAGUGGCAGGAAAAACAGUGGUGGUGACCAGAGGCAGUGGGACUGGAGAGGCUCUGCACUGAGUUCAGAUGUGCAAGUCCAUGAGCUCUCUUCAGAUGCAGAAGAAGGAUCUCAAACUAGCGAUGGGACGAGGCUGGAUGACAGCAGUGGCUUUCAGCCCACUGUAGAGUCUCAGCUUGUCCAAAGGAUACAGACACUGUUACAGUUGCUCUUCAGUCUUCAGGCUGUGAUAUCUCAGCAGGACAGCUACAUCGAGGUGCAGCGAGCCACCAUGGCAGACCGGGAGAAGCAGUACCGGCUGCAGUCCACCCGAGGGAAUCUGCUGCUGGAGCAGGAGAAGCAGCGGAACUUCGAAAAGCAGAGGGAAGAACUGAUGAAUGUCCAGAAGCUCCAGAGCCAGCUGAAGCUGGAGCAGCAGCGCCUGGAGCGGGAGCGGAGCCGGCAGCAGAGGGAAUUCGAGCUCACGGAAGCGCGGAUGCAGGAGCACGCGGAGGAGAUGCGGCAGCUGCGGGAGAGGCUGAACCAGGACAGGGAAGAGCUGGAGAGGCAGAGGGAGGCCUAUCAGCACGACCUGGAGAGGCUGCGGGAAGCCCAGAGAGCUGUUGAGAAGGAGAGAGAGCGCCUGGACCAGCUAAAGAAGCUGAAGAAGCAGAACACAGUGUCAGGCACCUUCUCCCCAGAAAUGGGCCAGAGCCAGAUCAUCAGUCAUUCCAUCAGCUUCAACGGAGAAGGGGUGGAAGCCUCUGGAGCUGUCUCCAAAUCCUCAGUGAGAGUGACCUCGGUGGCCGGGCUGGAGUACCUGGAGCGGCCGGAGCUGGUGCGCAGGGACAGCACCACCCUGGAGAGCCGGGCCUCCCUGAAGAACGAAGUGCCAAUACAUCUCCUGAGUGCAACCAACCAGAUCCAGAAACCUGCUGCAGUCCAGCAGCAGAUCCCCACCAAGCUGGCCACCUUCACAAAAGGAAGCAAGGAGAAAGGUGGCAAGAACAAAGCAUCUCAUAGGACAGACAGUUCGGGUAUGUGUGAUUUUAAGUCCCAGCUGCUUCCCUCCAGGCUCGUUGGACGAGAGGAGGCUGUCCUGAGAGGCAGGCGGUCAGCAAGUCCGUCCCUGCCGAGCAGCCAGACCACUGCAUUCCAGCCAGAACUGUAUGGCCCUACAGAUGCUCAGCCAGAAGCACUUUCAUCUGCCUCAGCGACUCUCUUCAAGCCCAAUAACGUUCAGGUUCAGCCCCUGGUGCCCUCUCAGCCCAAUCUGUUGAAUGUGCAAGAUGAUACCAGCAAAGAAGAUGUCAUUUUCUUCUAAUUGUUUCCGUUUGAAGAUGAAUCACCUGACACACUGUUUCAAGAACUCAGGCCCCAGUGUGCACCGUGAUGGAGGCCCGACAAGGAUGUCUUCUGAUCCCUGCCUAGUUACUACAAGCAAGGACCAAACCAGGAUUACUGUCCUGCUUUGUUGGCUUCUCUGCCAGCAGCUCAGAAUGAGGGCACAGUAGUAACAAUUUGCUUUUAAAUUCUCCAGUGUGUUGACACAAGGCAUGGCUAUAUCAAUUCAGAGCAUGUUAAAAUUCUGACAUUUAUUGUAAUGUCCUCUUUUUGGAGAAUAUAGCUCUUCAUGGGCACCAUCUUGUAAAUUGUUAUUGGUGAUGUUGAACCAUCCUGAUUUUUAUGUAAAAAGUUUUAGAAGUAGGCCCCAGAAUGGCUGCAAAUUUUUAAAUCUGUUUUCCCAGGUCCAGGUCAGUAAUGGGUUGUGUGUUGGUAACCAGGUGACAGCAAGCCAGUCCCCUCCCAGCCAGGUGUGCCAGGCACUGUGAACCCAGUGGCACAAGCCCUGUGGCCAGGUACAGUGGAAGAGAAGGUAAGGUGAGCUUCUGACAGCAUCUUCAAGAGGCAGGAGCUCCACCUGUUUGUGGAGGAGAAGGAUUGGACGUGUGAGAAUUCACAGUGAUGAUGAAGAAUUGGACUGAAUGCACAUUUCAUUGGCCACCAGCGUCACUGGGAUCCUGUGUCCCUCUUGGGGACAGCAGUACAGGUUCCCAGGCAAACUCAUGGGUUGGUUCAGAAUGAACUUAAAGACUUGGAUUUGUUCUUUGCUGAAGACAUGUCUAAGAAGCGUUCAAAUGCAGUAAUUUAUUGUCUUGUUUAAUCCUGUUUUCUGCAUCUUUUGUUUGUCUGUUAAUUUGUUGGGACUUUACUCCCAGUACCAGAAGAUAUCAAAGCUGCUGUUACUGCAGAGACGUCUCUGCAGCAUCGUGUUAGGAAUGAAGGGAAUAAGAACUGUUUGGUUUUAAUUAUAAUAAAAAAAUACUCUGAGCUAAACCUGUGUUUAGCUGCUUUCAGCUAAACCAGCUUUGAUACCUCUUGUGAAAUGGGUCAGUUCUUGCUCAUGGAAUGGUGGUGACAUUAAGUGUUCUGCUGAAAAGGCAUUAUUUACCUUUGUAGUAAUUUGCACAGUCAUUUUGUGUGUUGUUUUUCACUCUGUGUCUCGGAUUCUUUUCCCACCCUCACCCAAGGAUGUGUGUUCUGUUGUGUGUUGAAUGUGACUGGUCAGAUAAUGAUGCACAGGAGAGAUUCUUUAGGGGUAUUGUUACAGAAUUAAAGGAAUCAGGAUCUUGAAGUUUAAAAUCAUGGACUAAUAUCUUUCAGGACACAAUUGAUAAUAGCUUAUUUUUAUAUCUGUAACUGAUUUAAAGUGAUUUUAGCAGCAGUGGAUGGAAGGCCUGGUCGGCUCCAUCCAGUCUCAUGGCAAUGGAUCCAGUGGUGUUUGCCUGUCUCCUCAAAUCACUGAGCUGUCCCUGUGAUUAGGCCCUGUGUGAUGUUAGUGAUGUCUUUAAGGCCAUAACUUCUCUUUUCUUGGGAGUUUUAAAAUUACUUCAGUAGUUACAGUACAAGAAACUUCAUCAAUUUUCAGCAGAAAACAGCAGUUUAUAUUUUUAAGUGGUGAUCAUUUGGGUUAUUGCCUUCAGAUGAGAAAUUGAAAAACCCAAAUUUACUGGUCAGGGGAAA